AUUUUUUAAACGUCACUGUAUGCCUCGUAAUUGAUUGGAAAUGCAUCGAAGUUCUAUAACCUUGAAUAACAAGAUCGAGAGAAAGAAUUUUAUAUAUACAUAUAGUAAUUAGUAUUUAACGAACAAUGGUCAAACAUAGAAAAAUGGCGAAAGCUUAUAAACGUGUUGUUGUAUCUUGCGUAGGAACGAUAAUGGAGAAAAAUACAAAAUCUCGUCUUGGUAAAAUGGUAUGCAGCCUGUGCGAUCAUUAUAUUAUGGGGAACCCAUUAUAUGUCAUCAUGCUGGGUGAUAACAACAUUUGAUGUCAUACGUACAAUGAAUUGCAAAGUACCAAUCAAGUGUUCAUCGCGUUCUAAAAAAGAAGAUUUGAGUGAGUUAAAGACAUCCGCGGAGGUAGAAAGAGAUUUGAAACUAAUGACUUCCAUCCUCGGAAUAGAGCACUAUACAUUGAUAAUGUUAGGUGCUAUUACAGAGUACCCGAUGCUAUACAUCCCGUGGCUGUUGAUGCAAUUAUGUGUUAUCAUCGUUGAGAUUAUAGUAUUUUUUGUGAGACUCUUUUUAGACGGUUUACAUGUAAAACGCGAUGAGAUAUUACCAGCAAUAUUAAUGGUUCACAACUGGUUGCAAGUAUUUUGCCUGUUCCAUCGACAAGCACGGAAUUCUAUCCAAUAAAACAAACGAUAUAAUAUUUCUCAAAGAAGAACA